GUGAUUGACAGGAGUCAUGUUGAACUUUCGUUUUGUUUCCUGCUGUCAUAAAUAUGUCUUAAAGAUUAGAGCACGAUGUCAGAAAUCCUGAUGAUGGAGAUGGAAAGUGUGACUGUCGGCUCCGUGAAGCCGGAGGAGCGCGUGCAGGACACCCGGAGCUUUCUGCUCGUGGACGAACAGGAAAACCUGCAGGUCCACAACGAGGCAGACUUUUUGGAAAGACUUGGCUGUGCAGAUGUUGCAGGGGUCAAGGUCCUCUCCAUCUUUGGCAACACCGGAGAUGGCAAGUCCCACACGCUAAACCACAUCCUGUUUGACGGCGAGAGUGUGUUUUAUACUUCCAAGUCUCCCAGCUCCUGCACGGUGGGAGUGUGGGCCGCCUAUAAUCCCUCUCUCAGCCUGAUUGCCCUGGAUACAGAAGGCCUGCUGGGAGCAGCAGCCAAUCAGAACCAGAGAAUGCGUCUGCUGUUGAAGGUUCUGGCGGUGUCUGAUAUUGUGGUGUAUCGCACUCGGGCUGAGCGCCUCCACAACGACAUGUUCCAGUUCCUGAGCAGUGCGUCCAGGGCUUACCUGAAGCAUUUCACCCGGGAGCUGAAAGCCCUGUCCACCCGCUGUGGACUGGACGUGCCUCUGUCCUGUCUCGGGCCCUCCGUCAUCGUCUUCCAGGAGACGACGCACACCCAGCUGCUGGGCCACGACUCCAAGGUGGCCGGCUCUGCCGACACGCUGCUCCAGAAGCGUUUUCAUGACCUGGGUUUGGGGACGGAGGCCUUCAGCUCGGUCCAGUACGUCGGCACCCAGACCAUCACCCCCCCCACAGACUACAGCCGGCUGCUGGAGGCCGUCAGGCAGCAAGUGAAGAACACUCACACGCGCUCCCCACGCCAGCCGGGGAUCGUAUUUCGUGCACUGGAAGCUCUAAGCGAGCGUUUCUGCGGGGAACUAUCUGACGACAGGAUGACUCUGUUCUCCUUCUUCCCUGAUGAGUACUUCACUUGUUCCUCUGUGUGCCUCAGCUGCAACAUCCGCUGUAAAAAUGGGAUGAACCACCUGAGGGACAGGAUCCCCCACAUGGCCGACGGCCUCUGUCAGUUCGCUCAUCAGUACAACAACAAGGUCCUCAUCUGUAAGAGGUGUUACGAAGGAGGCAGAGAGGUGAUCGUUGUGCCUAAAACAUCAGCUUCCUCUGACAACCCGUGGUUUGGACUGGCCAAAUACGCCUGGUCUGGGUAUGUGUUGGAGUGUGCCAGCUGUGGGGUGAUCUACCGCAGCAGGCAGUACUGGAUGGGCAAUCAGGACCCUGAAAGCAUCGUGGUGCGUUCUGAGGUCAAACAUGUCUGGGAGGAUUCCGACACGUUCCUCACCAACCACCAGAACGCUGCUCAGAGGGUUCUGGAUGGGAUGAGCUUUGUGAUCCAGUCGGUGUCAGAGUACAGCACUGGCCCCACGAAAGCCGUCACAGCCUGGCUCACCGACCAGGUGGCCCCUCCAUACUGGAGGCCCAACGUGGAGAUCACUGCCUGUCAUGGAUGUCAGAAGAUGUUCGAGGAGGCAGAGAGGAAACAUCACUGCCGAUCGUGCGGUGAAGGUUUCUGCCACCCCUGCUCCAGCCACAGGAUGCCCGUCCCAGAGAGGGGCUGGGGCAGCGGUCCAGUCAGGGUGUGUCAGGACUGCUACCGGCAGGGGGGGGCACCUGACACCAACAACCAGGCAUGUAAGGUGGAGCCUCGGGGUCUGAUGGCUCGCAGGGUGACGGAGGUGGCCCAGUCUACUCUCGACAUGGUGACUACAGCUGUGGAUUACCCACUCUGUUUCGUGAAGGACGUGGCUCGACCAGAUUACUGGGUGCCGGAUCAGAACAUCAUCCAGUGCCAUCAGUGCUCCAAAACCUUCACUGCAGCCAUGUCCAAGCACCACUGCAGGGCCUGUGGGCAGGGAGUGUGUGGCCCCUGUUCCACACACAUCAAACCCGUGCCCUCCAGAGGCUGGGACCACCCGGUCCGAGUGUGCGACGGCUGCUUCGCCCGCUCCGACACAAACUGAAGCGUCUCCAUCAGUUGGCCCACAGCCACCUGUGUGAGUCAGCACUGCAGCUCCCUGAAACCAGGAGGGACUGAUUUACCAGAACUGGAACUGCUCUCUUUCUGUGGGACUCUUCAGGCCGCCCAGAUGGGUAAAACCCUGCCGUUGUGGUCGUCUCCUCCUAACAGGCUGAUUCUGGGUCAGUUCUGAAACACAAAACCUGCUGUAGCUCACAGCUUUAGGACUAACUGGACCAAUCACAAGCUGCUUUUAAAACGUUAACCUUUAAUCUCCUGAAGUGUCAGUUUAUCACAGCAGAGCUUAAACACAAGUGCACUCUAGUGGGGGUCUUCCUUGUUUAUUUUAUUAUGUUCGCACGUCGAUGCAGCGGGCUGUUCUGCUUCAGAUCGAAGAGUUUAUUAAAUUAGCCAAACGAGGGGACAAAUCAAAGGGAUUUUACUGGGAAUAUGAAGCAAUCCCCCACCCUCAUCGACUCGUUCGCAGAGCUUAGAACAGCUCAGGCUCCUCUGAGCUGUCUCACCUCUAAGCAAAGAGAAAUACUACGAACUUUAAAGUAGAAAUACUACGAACAUUAAAGUAAAAAAAACGUAGCUCAGAGUGACGCUGGAGCAAGAAGACACAAAACGAGUGAGUGCAGCAGCAUGUGCCUUCAUGGGUUUCUGUUCACCCUGGUUUUUUUUAGCCACUAAGUUUGUUUUAUGGAGAUUUCUGCAUAAAUACUACAGGUAAAAAUAUUAUUUGUGCCUAUUAUUAAGGUUAUCAUUUACAGCG